GCCAGCUGGCCGGGCGCGCGCUGUGGGAAGGCGCUAUCGUUGCAGUAUGGCGGACGAUGGGGACGGUAAGAGUGCAGCGGGGGACACUAGCAGUGGGCAGGGGACGACGGAAGAGUUGGAUCCGGGGACCGGUCUCGGUAUAAGCGGCAUGCUGCUCGAUCUCAGCGUUCUAGUGCUAUUGUUGGCCGCGUGCUACGUGGUUUACGUGCGGUGGUGGAGGAAGGCGGGCGCAUACGCGGGCCGGGGCAGCGAGGCCUCGCCGCUGCCCAAGAUGAGGAGACGCGACUUCACCCUGCAGCAGCUGCGCGAGUACGACGGUGUGCAGAACCCUCGCAUCCUCAUGGCAGUCAAUACCAAGGUCUUCGACGUGACCAGCGGCAAAAAGUUUUACGGACGCGAGGGCCCCUACGGGAUCUUUGCGGGACGGGAUGCUUCUCGUGGUUUGGCAACAUUCUGCCUGGAGAAGGAUGCAUUACUAGAUGAGUACGAUGAUCUUUCAGACCUGAAUGCUGUACAGAUGGAAAGCGUUCGAGAAUGGGAGAUGCAGUUCAUGGAGAAAUAUGAUUACGUUGGCCGUUUGUUGAAGCCAGGAGAUGAGCCGUCUGAGUACACAGAUGAAGAGGACAUGAAGGAUCAUCAAAAACACGAAUGAUCUGCUGAAACAUCACAGCAGCUGAAGGCCAGGACUGAGAAGGCCACCAUCCAGAAUAGUUAAACCCCAGCAAGAAACCCCCUCAGAAUCUGCCCUUUGCCUUGGUUGUACUGUAUCCCCACUACUGCUCCACCACAGAGAUAAACGUGUCUGUCUAAAAGCCCCCUGCUGUUCUGACUGUUCUUCUUCCAAACAGACCAAUAGCCUGUCAGAGUUUCCUGUACUCUUCUUGUCUGUUCUUGAUACCUUCUCCUUAAUCCAGCUCCUUGUCCCCUCGAUCUUCCUGUCCCACCCAAUCACUCAGUUUACACCGUAAAUACCAUCAAACACUACUUUAAUACCAUAAGUCACCAGUCCUACAUCCUAAAUCAUCAUUCAUACUAUAAACCCUAAACCCUACAGUCCAAUGGAAAGUGAAACGCACCCGAGGCUUUUGGCAUCCUGCACAUUUGCGUGUUCAGACUUCGGAUUGACAAUUUGAAGAGAUAAAUAAAAAGGAAGAAGGACAAAACGCUGAAUACACCUACAUGUUUACUCACUUGAUUUUCUUUGGGGGACUUCACCGUUAAUAACCUCAAAGGUCAAAUACAUAGAAUGGGGCAGAUGCCUGGAGUUCAGUACACAACAGGUUAAAAAAACGCAACCGGGGUCUCUUUUGAUUCUCCUCCCCCUGAUUAAAGUGAUAUUUUUUGUUGUUGUUUUAGUGCAUCAACACUUCUCAAGCAUCUAAAUCUCAUGCUUAUUCGUUGACUCUGAGAACGUUGUCAUUUUAAAUCAAAGUAUGUCGAAUGGAUAUGGUAACCAAUCCAAAAGCCAGAUUGUCUACCAUCAGCCAAUCAAUCCAAAGGUUGGGAGGGUCUGGGGUGGGUGGGCGCUCUUAGCUAUUUUUGUAUUGUGUGCACCACUCUAGUGUGUAGCAAUUUUUGUCACAAUGUGAUUGUACAUCAUUCAGGAUGGGAAAUGUUUGUGUGUGUGGGGGGGGGCAUCCAUUAGCAUUCUCACCAUAAAACGUGUUUUAUUUGAUCUGUGUAAAUCUAAACAGCUGGUUGGGAUGCAAAGGGAAGAUCAGUUCGGUAGUUUGGAUCAGCUUGUCUGCUCUUCGGUCAUCAGAACUCUCCCUGUCAGCGUAGUUAUUGUGCCUUAUUUCCGUUUAAUUCUACUUCAGAAUAGUCAAAGAGAUGAAGGUAUGAAAACUAGAGGGAAAAAAUGCAAAGAUUAAACAUGUUCUGCUCUGCCCUUUUCACAAUAUUUACUCUUAGAAGGUUUUUCAAAAGCCAAGGCAUAUUUCCCCUCCAUUUCCUCGGUUCAUACGAGGCGUGCUCGUGUCUGUGAGGGAAUCCCACACAGGAGGCUCGACCAUUAUUGUGACCUUGUAUAUAGACUUUAUGAGCUAUUUCAGUGUUACUGCCAUAUCUGCGCUGUUAUUAAACUCCAUGCACUGCUGUGUUGUACUGGCCAAAAGAUCCAUUGCUCUUUCCCCAUUUCCAUCUUUUUUCCACCUUUUUGUUUUCGAUGCUGAGUUUAUUUUUAAUUGUGGGUAACUUGCAAAUCCACCCUUAAGUGUUAUAUUUUGUUUUUGUUUUCUGGAGAGGGGAACUAUGAGCUUGGAAGGAUAUUUUGUCUUGCUGAGGGGAGGGGGAUGAGGCGAAAUUCAAAAAUUGUGGAUUCUGUAAAUAUGUGUAUCAUUUUAUUAAAGCAUGUGCAGCAAACAGUGAGGUAAUGCUGGCUCUCACGUCAUGUAUUUAAAUGGAGUUUGCAAGGAUGUGUGCGCGUGUGUGCUGGUUGGGGGGGGGGGGGCGUGAAUGUGUUGUUGCAGAAAUAAAUACAUUUGGUUAAUAACUACUGUUAUCCUCUGCCCCUCUGUUGUGUCGUUUUAUGUGGAAAAAAUAGGCAUUGUCUCUCACAAAGGGUAUUUUUUCAAAUAAAACAACUAUGAAAGUGGAA